AUGAUCCCGGAAGACAACUUGGGUGCGGCGAUGCGCCUAAAAGCGUUCAGAGACGCCGAUUUUGCCGCCGACACGACGGACCGGAAGUCAACGACGGGCGGCAUCGUGAUGCUGAACGGGAUGACCGUCAGCUGGGUCUCACGGAAGAAGGGGGGCUUUUCCCCUGUAGACGAUGAAGGAGGAUUUUGUCGCGGCGAGUGA